UUUGAACGCCGAGGUGUCCAGGCAACGAGAAGCAGAGGAGACAGACUUUCCCGUUCCCCGCUCCGGGAGCACGGCGGGUGCUGGGGAAAGGCAGCGCCACGGAGUGAGGAACGGCACCCGGGGCCACUGACCCUCCUCCUCCAGGCAGCCUGUCCUGCGAUGACCCAGCGCGCCUGAGGCCCGGCAGCCGUGGGGAUGGAGCUGAAGGUCUGGGUGGAUGGGAUCCAGAGGGUCGUCUGUGGCGUCUCGGAGCAAACCACCUGCCAAGAAGUGGUCAUCGCCUUGGCACGGGCCAUCGGUCAGACGGGCCGCUACGUGCUGGUGCAGAAGCUGCGGGAGAAGGAGCGGCAGCUGCUGCCUCUGGAAUGCCCCUUGGAGUCGCUGGCCAAGUGCGGGCAAUAUGCCAACGAUGUGCAGUUUGUCCUGCGGCGGACGGGCCCCAGCGUGGCUGAGCGGCCCUCCUCAGAGGGCGCUCCCCAAGCCCCCGAGAGGACGUUCAUGCGGGCCAGCUUGCCCAUCAAGCCCAGGCCUGCCGGCACAGAUGGACCCCGUUCCCGGGAGUCAAAAAAAUCCAUGACCUUCAACUUGGGUCCUACAGGCUCCAGUGACCCAUUUGCCAUGAGCCGCUGGAGGCACCAAGCACGGGAAGGGGUGGACUUGGAGGGUGGUGGGGUUGUCCAGCCCUCCAAAGAGGAGCUGUUUAGGAGGGUGCUGCGGCAGCAGGAGCAGCUGCAUUCCUUGGAGGCCCAUGGGGACACCCUGGAGACGGACCUACGGCUCUGGGAACGCAGCCGGCUUGCCAGUCAGGAGGAUGAGAUCCUCUACCUGGAGCACCUGGUGCGGAGGAACGAGACAGAGCUGGGCGAGGAGGAGUUCUGGCAGAGCGAGCUCCGGCUGGAGAAGGAGUGUGAGCGGGAGCGGCAGGAGCGGGUUAGGAGCCUGCGGGCCAGCCUGGAGGAGUACACCCAGAGGAUCUACGAGCUAAGUGCCCGGACUGAAGCCCUGCAGGAGGAGAUACAGUGGGAGAUGGCCGAGAGGGCCAAGAGGGGGAAGGAGACCCCUGUGCCCAGCCCCACAGAGCUGGAGGACAUGGCUGCCAAGAUGAAAAGGGACCUGGAGGCCAAGGUCAAGCAAGGCUCCCAGCUGGAGAGCAACCUAGCCAGUGUGGAGAAGGCCCUGGAGGAAGCUGAAAGGAACUUGCAGGCCCAGACCCAGGAGCUGGAGGAAUUAAAUAAGGAGCUGAGGCAGUGUAAUUUGCAGCAGUUUAUUCAGCAGACGGGGGCCACGGUGACCGUCCUGCAGGCCAGGUCCGAGGAGGAUGCCCAGCCGGAGCCGAGCCCGCGCGAGCUGCCAGCCUGCCGGAGAAACGGAGGUUUUCCUCCCACCACCGGCGCCGACUCGCCUCCCCGUUCCAGCACCAAGCAGCUCCUCAGCCAUCCCAGGACCCUGCCAGAGCCCUUGGUGUCCAGCCUGAACCCCGAGGUUGUAUCAACCAGGCAGAGCAUCUGGAGGUAGAAGGGCCUGGCCAGCGGAGGAUUGAUUGCCUUGCAAGUGUAACUGUACAAAUAAACCAUAUUCUAUAUAUAAAUAUAUAUAUAUAUUUUUUACUGCUUUAUAUCGUGAAUGGAUGUGGAUGGCCAGAGAGUAUUUUUACAGACUGUAAAAUAAAACCAGAGACCCAACAACACAAAGCAACCCUCUUCCCCUGCGGAUGGAAGCCAACCCCCUUCAUCUAUUUUUUUAAAGUGCUUUCUAUAUUCAUCAGAAAACAGCGGCGCUCCUGUUCUGCGUAGCCUCCUCAAAAGACCCGUCGAGCAUUUGGAAAAGUCCUUGCUGUUUUGACUAGGGGACAAAGCUGUGGUGGACACCUGCCUGGAGACUCGCCUGGAUGGAGCAAGUUAAUGAGUUUUACAACAUCUUGCCGCAGCAAGCAGGGCCGUGACAAAGAGCCUCUUCGCCGGCUGCAGGGGAGGCACAAGAGCAGCUCUAAGACAAAUUUCUGCCCCCCUCUUUUUUUAUUAUUAUAAGAAACCUCUAGUAGAAACCCCCCUUUCCACAGUGCCAGGGCCCAGGCUUCAAGGGAGCGGGGAACACACGGCAGGGACUUGUCUUUCUUAAACCCACUUAAUUUUUCAACUUGUUUUUAAAAUAAAAAGUCACAGCAUGAGCCCUUCCCUGGUGGCGGUGUGGGUGGGCAGCAGGACCGAAAUGCUCUUGAUGACACUUCACUGAAUAUUAUUUUUUUUUUAUUUUUAACUUGAUGGCCAGUAGUUACUCGGUUUUUGUUCAUCUGUCCCAGUGGGUCACCUUGUAUUUUAAUUGCAAAACCAAAGCAGUUUGGGGAGGGGAUGGGUUUGUCCAAGAAGUCCCUGAGCCUGUUUUCAAUGCGUUGUAUGCAAAAAAAAAAAAAAAAAAAAAAAAAAAAAAAGAAAGACUCGGGCACAGUGUUUGCUGUAAAACCCUGCUUUCCCCGUACAAAUGUAAUACUGUGUGCCGCGGUUCCAAUUUUCAAUAAAUCUUUGGGAAAGUAUUUGAGCAAAGUGAGUGUGCUGUUGCGGCCCAGGCAAGCCAUCCCCACUGGCUUCUGGUCCAGUGCCCGAUGGGCACAUCCGAGUGGUUUGCGUACCCCGCGGCUGCUUCUUUCAUUUCUAAGACGUCUCUUUCCAUUUGCCAAAUUAAAGCUGGAAGUAUCUUAUGACAGAACGCAUCUUAUGCAUAUGCUCCUCUGUUUCUUUUUUAAUUUUUUUUUUCCCUGUUUUUAAGUCACAAAGUGCUUUACAACCAGCAGACGAAGCUUUUCUCCGGUGAGAGGGUGGAUGAAACAUGGCAGCAUCCCAUGGUCUCUGGGAUGAAACAUGGCAGCAUUUUAAUAAUGCAGAGCAGCAGCUUGGAGCACUUGAGGACAGAAGGCGAAGGGGAUGGCGCUGGGCUGCAGAUGGGAGCAGGUAAGGGGUGAAACCUCCCAUUCGCCUGCAAGCCCCCCCCCGUCUGCACCCGGAUAACUGCAAGCGAGAACGUCGGCUCUUGCUCGCCAUCAGCAUCUUCCCCGAGGCCCUGCUGGGCUCUGCUCCCCGGGGACGUGCCCCUCUCAAAGCUGAUUUUCGAGGUGCCACCGCAGCUCAGCAGGUUGGUCAAGUGGUACUGAAGGAUUCAAGUUUGCUUCGUUGCAGCUGCAUCACUGGCUACAAAGCCACAGCUGGAGAGCUGUCUUUUUUUAA